CCAAAAAACACAAUUAGGAAAAGAAAAUAAAAGAAAAAAACAUCAUCGUAACUGCUCUUCAAAUUUUUGGAUACAAUCUCAAAUCACAUUUAGCCCCAGGCUAAUCAAAUUGCUACAGGUCUAGCGGAAUGUGAAAUACAUCUGCGCCUCUUUUGAAAAAACAAAAAAAAUGCCCACGGAAAGCUCAUCCAGCGAUUUGGGUGGCGGUGGAGGAGGAGGUGGAGCCAUUCCCAUGUUGCGCACCUCACGCAUGGAUCAGUUCAUGUCCACGGUGGCAGCAGCUGCUGCUGCAGCCGCUUCAAACGUUUCUAGCGGUGGCAAUGGCGGAUCAGGAGCAGGAUCAGGUGGUGGCAGUGGAGCAUCCUCUGGCGAGGGUAAUGCUGGUGACUCGCGAAACUCAUCGGCUAGCCGGAUCUCGGCAGCAGCGGCUGCCUACGAAACACAAUUGGCCUAUCAGCAGCAUUUGGCUGCAGGACCGCCGCCACCACAUCAUCGAGAGAUCUCUGCCUUUGUUCCUGUACUGCCCGCCAAAGUGCGAGCAGGAGGCAGCAAUUCGAAUUACGAAAUAAUUGCCAUGAUGGCGGAUAAACGCAAGGAAUUGGCAUUACGCGAGGCAGCCGCCGCCGCUGCCAUGUUAAGUCGCGGAGGACCAGGUGGGCCACCGGGUGGCCCACCGCCUGGUGUUCUCUAUGCUCCACCCCCGCCACCGCCAUAUUUAACGGGUCCUGGACCAUCGCCUACAGCGGCUGGGAGUUUUGCCUUUCCAGGAUCUGCUGCUGCCGCGGCUGCAGCGGCGGCUCUUUUCCCACCUGGCCUCGGACCAGUUGGCGGUUUGCAUCCCGCUGGCCUGGAUCGCCGUCUAUUGCGGGCACCUGGUCGUGCAUCUCGCCCCAAGAAACAGUUCAUUUGCAAAUUUUGUAAUCGGCAGUUCACUAAAUCUUACAAUCUGCUAAUACACGAACGCACACAUACAGAUGAACGACCAUAUUCCUGUGAUAUUUGCGGCAAGGCAUUUCGACGUCAGGAUCACUUGAGAGACCACAGGUAUAUUCACUCGAAGGAAAAGCCAUUCAAAUGUACAGAAUGCGGCAAAGGCUUCUGUCAAUCACGCACAUUGGCUGUACACAAGAUCCUGCAUAUGGAGGAAUCACCGCACAAAUGUCCCGUUUGCAGUCGCAGCUUUAAUCAGCGUUCCAAUUUGAAGACUCAUCUGUUAACCCACACCGAUCACAAGCCCUACGAGUGUUCAUCCUGCGGCAAAGUGUUUCGCCGCAACUGCGACUUGAGGCGUCACGCGCUGACACAUGCUGUGGGCGGUGAAGUGAAUGGGGCGGACUACGUGGAUGUGGGUGAAGAGGACGAGGCUCGUAAUUUGAGUGGCGAUGAAGAGGAUUCGUUGCUGGAAGUGGACUCGCCUAGACAAUCGCCGGUGAGGAAUUUGAAUGAGACAACUGCUGGCGGCAGCGGCGAGGAGAAAGAUGAGGCAGAGCGUAGACACUUGAAGAGGAAGGCCACAAAUGGAAGUGGUGCCGCAGGCGAUGCUAAAUUUGAUCAGGAGGAUAGUGAAGAAGAAUUUGAGGACUAUGACGAUGAAGAGGAUCCACAUGAGGGAGCUACCACAUAUCAUCAACGUGAGGAUUUGGCUGAAGAUGAGGAUCUAGAAGCCGAUGCCGAAGAGCAAGCCGAAGUGGCUUUAGUGGCUCGUUUUAAGGCUGGGCAAAGCAGUGCAAGCAGUUCACACACAGCCAGCACUUCAAGUAGCGCUAAGAAAGAGGGACAAGGUGUCACACAUUGUCAUCACGAGGGUGGCGAAACCUAUACAAUGCGUCCACAUAUUGAUAGACCGUUAGAUGACUUGCCCAUGGCACCAUCGUCAUCAGCUUCAUCCUAUUUACGUUAUGGGCCGCCGCAACCACAAGCACCACCGCCACCACCCCCGCAUGCACAUCCGCAUUCACAUGCACACUCACAUCCUCCUCCACCACAACCACAUCCACAUCUCUUACCACCAAAUGGUGAUCCUUAUCUACCCAUGUUGCAUGUACGACGCGAUCUGCACCACAAGAGUUUAAAUCUAUCAAAAAUUGCUGCUGCCACUGCACCACCAACAGCACCGCAGCCACCAGCGGCAAUGCAAGCAGCACCGCCAACAAUAAUAAUCAAUAAUAGCGCGGAAAGUAGCACAAAACCAUCUCCUCAGCCAUUACAUUCGCCACACGAGGCCAUGCCCAGUUUCUUGGGUUCCAUACCCAUGCGUAAGAGAAUAUUGCCACAGCCGGCACCACCAUCAGCCGCCCCACCACCGCAUUCAACACUAGAUAUGAUGAAUCAGCGUUGUUUUAUGGAGAAUCAAAGUAUUUAUGCUUUGAAUAUGUCACGUCAUCCACCCAGACAGUUAUUGGGUAAACCAGUGUCAAGUACCGAAACGAGUGCACGGGAUAAAGAACCACCUGGACAGGGAGCAGCACCACCAGCACCACCACUACAACCACCCGCAGUAGCAGCACCACCUAGACGUACGGGCUUUAGCAUUGAGGAUAUUAUGCGACGCUAAUCGAGCAUAUAGACUUUAAGAACCUUUUAGUACACUAUAUUCUUAGAUUAAGAUCUACUUACGAGGUUGAAAUACUUUUUUAGAACAUUUAGAACUGUUGGAUUUAUACUACUUUCUUAUUGUAAGCCAUUUUAAACAAGAUCUAAACAGUUUUUAGAUGCUUUAGUACAUUUUAAACUGGAUCUAAAACGAGUUUUAGUACUCUUUGAAAAUAAUUUCUGUUACCACUCCAACAUAUAUAGAUAUUAAGCCAUCUACUACAAUCUAAUUUUAGUUACUUAAACUAUUUAUAGUCUAUACAGUUUUAGUACAAUGUCUAGGCAAGGCAAUAAACCUAUGGAUUAAGGACUUUUUAAACUUAAAACAAACACACUAUGUUGCUGCAUUUGUAAGUGCCUUUUUAGGUUAAGUUACAUAUAUAUAAACUUAUCAAUUUAGUACCGCUUUUUUAGAUCAUCUUACUUACUUUGGUUAGUUACUUUUCAUUUUCGCCUACCCAGCACCAAGUGUUGUUGUUUCCACUUUUAAUUUAUAUAUGUAUACAUAUAGUUUUUUUUCUAUUUAUAAGAUAAUCUUAAUCAAGAUUUAUUUUGCGAGGGAAUAAAAUGGUUGAAAAUUGAAAGUAAAAGUAAAAUACGAAGCAGGCAAAAAACAGGCCUACCAAAACAUGUACUAAUAAUGGAGGCCUCUCCACGCCCACCACCACUAAACAACAAAAAACAAAAACAAAACAAAAAAAAAAAACAUUCCAGUUAAACUUUUUUAAUAGUCUUGUAAGAGAUUCAGUAAGUUUGAUAAGUUUCGUUUAUAGUUUUUACCACUUAGCGCAUUGAUUCCAUCAUGGUCUUCCUUUUUGAAUUUUAAAUGAUUUUUUUAGCUAACAAA